GCACCCUGAACAAUAUCAACAGCACCAUGAGCAACAUCAACAGCACCACGAACUACAUCAGCAGCGCUCCGAACACCAGCAACAGCACCCCGAACAAUAUCAACAGCACCGCAAAUACCAAUACUACAACUACCACAUCAAAAAAUCCAUGUAAGCGAGUAAAUUUUUAGUUAGUCUGAUCAAGAAAUCCACAAAAACUCUAGCAUUUAACUAGUUUUUCUGACUGAUGAUCGUUUAAGUCAAUCGAUUAGAAUCAUAAUAUAUGAGAGUUUGACAUUUCCAAACAGUCGAAGAAAAGUAUCUUCCUUUAAAAUCAAGAAGAGCUUUUAGGAAGGUAAAUUCAACGAGUCUAAGACCUACCGUGCUUACUUAUGAGUUCAAUUACGAUCGAAUUACAUCUCACUUAUGGUCGCACUGGGAUCGUUAUGUGACCCAUGAUCGAGGAAAAUUGUGACGUAGUUAUGCCUAUUAUAUUGAGAAUUUAUUAAAAUCUACAUCAUUAUGGACUAGCCUAUCAAAUAAACUUGGUCCUGAGUUAGUUCUCUUACUCUAAUUUUCCACAACUCAUUCAGCUGAUUUCUUUUUACGAUGACCACAUCAUAAAUCGAGAUAUAACGCAUAUAUUGUGUGAAACGGAACAUUCUUUAUCUUUUGAGAUUUCUGAAGACUUCGAGAAGUAUUUCAAUAACUGCUGUCUCGUUUAUAAUGUGAGAAUAUUGUAUUUUGAGGUGCACCGAAUGGUUUACGAUGGAAUACAACAGGCAUAACAGUACUUAGUUCAUCGCAACUGACGUCUGUUUGCGGUCUCUUUAUCGAUUCAAAUGAUACAUUAUAUACUGUGGAUGAGCAGUCGAAUCAGGUUUUGUGGAAAUUGCCAAAAAGUACAUCAACUGCUGUUCUCGUAGCUGGAGUAAUAAAAUCAGCUGGUUCCAGUACUAAUCAAUUCAAUUUUCCGCAAGAUGUUUAUGUAGAUUCACAAUCAAAUAUGUAUGUGACUGAUUAUUAUAAUAGUCGCGUCCAAAAAUUUGCGAAUCAAUCAACAAUUGGACAAACCAUUGCUGGAAUAUCUGGUUCAAGCGGCGUCUCACUCAAUCAAUUUAAUGGUCUUCGAUAUUUUACUUUCGAUCCAACAGAAACAUAUAUGUAUAUUACAGAUUAUAAUAACCAUCGUAUUAUGCGCUAUUUAACGAAUUCAACAACAGGAGAUAGCGGAACACUUGUUGCUGGUGGGAAUGGAGCCGGUAACAAUAAUAAUCAGUUGAAUUCUCCAUGGGGAAUCUAUUAUCUUCCAUCAGUAAGUAAUUAUAUGUAUAUAACAAACUAUGAUGGAAACACACUGAUGCGAUGGAUUCCCGGUGCUUCAUCAGGUGAGUUAAUAGCUGGUAUUUCAGGUUUAACAGGCUCCAGUUCGUCAUUGUUAAGUAAUCCGAUGGGCGUCAAAAUCGAUAUCUAUCAGAAUGUAUUUGUGGCCGACAGAAACAACAAUAGAGUACAAAUGUUUUGUCCUAAUAGUUCGAUAGGUAUUACAAUUGCUGGCAAUGUUGUAUCUGGUAGUGCAGCAACACAAUUGAAUGGACCAAGAGGCAUUGCAUUCGACUCAUCAAUGAACAUGUACAUUACCGAUUAUAGCAAUUAUCGAAUUCAAAAAUUUAAUAAACUUUAA